GUUCCCUCUUCCUCCUCCUCCUGUCUGUCGUGCUGGGGAUCACGAACUCAGCCCAAACCCAGACAAACAACGACCCUCGGUCUGCGCGGCCCGGAGGAGAGAAGGCGCUGCUGAGAGUGAGGGUCACUCGGGCGCUCUAGCCUUCCGCCUGACCAACUUUAUUCUCCUGACCAACAGGGCUGCAUGAAGCUGCUGCGCCUCUGCUCCUCUUCACCUCUCCAGACUUUUAUGAACUCCAUCUCCUCCACCUCCCCAGCCUGAGCUGCUCCCCUCUCAGCCGUACAGCUAUGAUCCUGGAGAAACUGUCCAGAGCAAACUUCGUCCUGCGCUCCACGGCCUUGGUGAGGCAGGCCCACUCCUCUUCCUCCUCCUCUUCCUCUACCUCCGUGCCUCCUCAGCCAGUGCCCCCCCUUGCCCAUACCCUGCAGAAGUACCUGACCGCCCUGCAGCCCCUCCUGCCGCCCGAUGAGCUUGAGCACACCCGCAAGAUGGUCCAGCGCUUCGGUAGUCCAGGAGGUCUGGGCAAGAAGCUGCAGCAGGGCUUGGAGAAGAGGGCCAGGCACAGUCACAACUGGAUAACAGACUGGUGGGUGCAGUGGGCGUACCUGGAGAGCCGUCAGCCUUUGGCGGUCCACUCCAACCCGGCCAUCUCUCUGCCCAGACAGGACUUCAGUGACUGGAGGGGUCAGCUAGUGUUUGCAGCGAAGCUGAUUUCUGCAGUGCUGGACUUCAAGGCCCGAGUGGACAAUGGUCAUUUGCCUGUAGAGUAUAUGCGUGGUAGGCCGUUGUGUAUGGAGCUGUAUCCUCAGCUCUUUUCGUCCUGCCGCGUUCCUGGACCGAAGCAUGAUCACGUGGUCCAUUACGGCCGGCCCCGUCGUGGCCCCACCCACAUCACUGUCGUCCGCAACUACCAGUUCUUCCAGCUGGACGUGUACAAUAGUGACGGCACUCCACUCACUCAGGGUCAGAUUCACGCUCAGCUGUGCCGCAUUCGCUCCCAGUCAUGGAAGACUGAUAAAGAGCCCAUGGGUAUCCUGACCAGUGAACACCGGCACACCUGGGGUCAGGCCUACAACCGCCUACUGCACGACAGGAUCAAUAAGGAGUCGGUGAGGCUGAUUGAGAAGGGCAUCUUCACGCUGUGUCUCGACUCCCCUGUCAUGAGGAUCUCCGAUGAGAAGUACGCAAGUCGAAUGGCAGCUCAGAUACUGCAUGGAGGAGGAACUUACUCCAACAGCGGGAACCGCUGGUUUGAUAAGACAGUACAGUUUGUGGUAGGCGAGGAUGGUUCUUGGGGUCUCCUGUAUGAGCAGGCCACGGCUGAAGGCCCUCCAGUAUCAACACUGCUGGACCACGUUCUGCAGUACUGUAAGAAGACUGAUACAGUUAGAGCUCCUCUCAUUCCUUUGCCGAUGCCAAAGAAGCUCUACUUCUACAUCGACCCAGCAAUCAAAUGGGACAUUGAGAUGGCCAAACAGAACCUGGACAUCCUCAUCAACGACCUGGACAUCACCUGCUUUAACUUCCAGCGCUUUGGGAAGGAGUUCCCAAAACGGCUCCGCCUCAGCCCCAACUCCGUCAUCCAGGUGGCCAUCCAGCUGGCCUACUACAGAGUGCACAGCGAGGUGUGCGCUGCGUGUGACAUUGCCUCCCUCCGAAUGUUCCGGGGGGGACGCACUGACUACAUACGCUCCCCCACGAAUCAGAUGCUGAGCUUCAUUCAGGCCUUUGAUGACCCCGCCGUCUCUAGAGAAGCCAAGAUUGAGCUGCUCAGAGAGGCUGCGGAGGCAUACAGUCAGCUCACAGAUCAGGCGCUUCACGGCCAUGGCAUAGAUCGCCACUUGCUGGGCCUGAAGCUGCAGGCCAUUGAGGAGGGACUGAGUGUGCCCAGAAUGUUCAUGGACACGGCUUAUGGGCUGGCCACACACUGGAAACUCAGAACGGGACAGGUUCCCACUAACACGGACAGCGUGAUGUGCUUUGGGCCUCUGGUUCCAGACGGCUACGCGGUGUGCUACAACCCGCAGCCGGACCACGUUCACUUCUCCGUCACGGCCUUCAACUGCUGUGAGGAGACCAAUGCAGAGAAGCUGGCCGACACUCUGGAGAGCACCCUCUGUGAUAUACAGGAGCUACUGCACCCCCCUGCGUAGCGCUGUCUCGAACUUGAUUGAUUGACCUGAAGGACUCAGUGAACCUGUAAGAACCUCAGAUAGCCUCUUUAACCGCCUUGUUUGUCAUCAGGAGGAUUCCCCUUCAUGGAGAGCAGAGUGGUCAGGAGUAUAGAACAAGCUUCAGACACCCCUUUAUCCUUUGGGUUAAAGGCCCAUCCAUCCAUCCAUCCAUUUUCCAAGGCGCUUCUCCGUCAGGGUCGCGGGGGGACGCCGGAGCCUAUCCCAGCAGUCUUCGGGUGGAAGGCGGUUAAAGGCCCGUUUUAUAAUUAUAAUAAUAAUAAUAAUAAUAAUAAUAAUAAUAAUAAUGAAGUGGCUUAGAAAAUGGAUGGAUGGAUGGAUAAUAAUAAAAUAAAUAAGUUCAGGAGUUUAAAACAAGCAUAAACUCGUGUGUGUGUGUGUGUGUGUGUUAAUAGCACAUUAAAUAAUAAUAAUAGUAAUUAAAAAAAUGAAACAAGGAAUAAUAAACUCCAUGAUAAUUUCCCAUUUAAAACUUGAAAUAUUUGUCUUGGUAGGUAGAAAGUGAUAUAGGUUAACACGUAUUAUGAGCCCCAGUUGUUAGAAAGCUGGGGAGAAUGCCUUUAUUUUCUACUUCCAUCAUCUGUUAUUUGGCUAGACGCUCUAGCAGUCUUUGUGAUGUUAAAAAACGACUGCUAGACUGAAUAAUGCUAACGUUUGUGCUUGUGUUAAUGGCACGGCUAAUUUAGCAUUCUUGGGUUAGCUGCUUUUACCCUGUCAAACAUGUUUCUGAUCUCUGACCCCAAAAAAACUUCUUUGGCUUGACCAAAUAAUGCUAAUGCUUGUGCUCAUGCUAAGAGUAGCUGCUAACUCAGUGUGGCCACAUUUGUGCAUUUGUGGACGAUGGUACAAUCCAUUGUUAUCAAUCUAGCAUUUGUAGCUAUUACCACUUUUUUUGGAAACCUGUUUCUUAUUUGUAACCCUAAAAUCCUCUUUAGCUCAACCAAAUAAUGUCAGCGUUCAAGUCCAGGCUAAGAUUCUGUUAAAUGUGACCAGCAGUUAGCCAGUAGUAAAGAUUGGCCUGAGUUAAGUAGUAAGUUUUAGUUUUUGGUCAUAAGCAUGAUGUGAUUUUAUUUGUUUGUUUUGUUUUGUUGCUUUUUUUUUUGCCCAUCUGUGCUCAUGCUAGGUGGCACUGCUAACUUAAAAUGCUUGCUAGCCACUCAUGUACAUUUGUGGAUGCUGGCAUUCAUGCACUGCUAGCUUUCAUGCUUUGUUAGCAUGCUAGCAUUUUUGGCUAAAUCGCCUCUGUUCCCAGACCUAUUUCUAGUCUGUUACCCUAAAAUCAUCAUUAGCUCUACCAAUUAAUGCAAAUGUUUGUGCUAUGGCCAAGUUUAAUCACUUAGCCAGUAAGUUAGCCAGCUGAAUUUAAUUUAAAUAUGACCAGUUAGCCAGUUAUAAUGUUUGACCUGCACCCAAAACCCAACAACAUUGCUUAUUCCCUCUUUAAAUCCUCAGUGAGGCUGAUUUGAGGACCGAGUUUGAGCUCUUUUGCUAUUUUUGUUCAUUUUUUUUUUCUCAACUUCAUAGUAUAAACUGGGCCAUCUGUGAUUUGACUGUGCUUGCAUAACAGGGUUCAACAAUAUUUCUAGGCAAAGCGACUUUGACGAUUUUGAAACCAAAUACAGACUCAGUAAAGCUGAUGUAUAUUAAGUUAUACAUUUAUUUAGGAAUGAAAACAUUGUGGAAGCUUUAAAAGGAAAGUAUUAAAGAGAAAAAUGAAGCUUGGAGGAGGCUUCACUGAA